UUUCCCGAGAUGUAUCAGGAACCACCUCUUGUUUCGUUUUCCCUGACUCACGUAGAAUUCGAUCCUACUGAUCCAUUAGCCUUCCUAUUUGCCUUUAUCACCUUAUCUCCAUUGGCGUUAAUUGUCUCGUAUGUCACCAUAAUUCUAGCCAGAAGAGAGAUGGUGGCGAUUAACAUGUUUUUUGGACAAUUAAUUUGUGAAGGGUUGAAUUUCUUACUGAAACGGUUGAUCAAGGAGAAAAGACCCGAGAAACUUGGAAAAGGAUACGGAAUGCCAUCUUCUCAUGCUCAGUUCAUGGCAUACUUUACAACGUUUUCAAUUUUAUACUUGUACACAAGAAUAACUUUCGGAAGAAAUUCGCAAAAGUUUCCAAUAUGUAUAGUAAAUCUCCUGAGUCAACACUCUCAUUCCACGACUUUCUUUCCACCUUUCACACAGAAUCUACCUCAAUUAUCACACCCCAAAACAAGUAAUGGACUAUUUAGAUACAUAUUGGAUUCGCAGUUGGCCAGAUAUUUUUAUUUACGCGAUUCUUCAGACAUUGAGGAUAUAGUAAAGAUUGAAUACAUGAACUGGUUGGAGUUGAAUAAGAGGAAUGGUAUUAAAGAGGCUAAUAAGAAGGAUAGGUGA